UCUUUCAGAGGAUUUCCCUCCCUAUUUAAUCCCUUUUAUUUCUUCAAAAUUUUGUUUCCUAGUGGGAUUCAGGUUCUGUUCUUCUACUCGAAAUCGAAGAAAAGAAACAAAGGUUUUAUUCAAUUUGUCUUCGUUUUGCUCCUUUUUACAACUUAGGGUGUCUGUCUCAGUUGCAGCUUCAAGCACGGUAAAACGCAGUAGAAGAAGAUGAAUGCCCCGAUUAUUGAUCCAUUGCAAGGGGAUUUUCCAGAGGUUAUAGAAGAGUAUUUGGAGCAUGGGCUUAUGAAAUGCAUUGCCUUUAAUCGCCGUGGUACCCUUCUCGCCGCUGGAUGCUCUGAUGGAAGUUGUGUUAUUUGGGAUUUUGAGACCAGGGGCAUUGCAAAGGAGCUUAAGGAUAGAGACUGUUCCGCUGCUAUAACAAGUGUCUGCUGGUCAAAGUAUGGUCAUAGAAUUCUAGUGUCUGCCGCUGACAAGUCAUUAACACUUUGGGAUGUAGUUAGUGGUCAGAAGGUUACACGUAUCGUUCUGCAACAAACGCCUCUACAAGCUCGUUUACAUCCUGGUUCUUCAAUGCCAUCUGUCUGCUUAGCUUGCCCCCUGUCAUCUGCUCCAGUGAUUGUUGACUUCAGUACUGGAGAUACAACUGCACUCCCAGUCACCAUUCCUGAUAUGGGAAAUGGUGUUGCUCCUCCUUCACGCAACAAGUUCCCUGAUGGAGCUCCUUACACAUUGACGGCCGCAUGCUUUAACAAGAAUGGAGAUCUGGUAUAUGUGGGGAACUCCAAAGGUGAAAUACUUAUAAUUGAUCACAAAAACGUUAAAGUGCUUGCUAUGGUUCCAAUUUCUAGUGGCGCUGUUGUCAAGAACAUUGUUUUCAGCAGAAAUGGGCAGCAUCUCCUUACUAAUUCAAGUGAUCGAAUUAUCAGGAUUUAUGAAAAUAUUCUGCCUUUGAAAGAUGGGCUUGGAGCUCUUCAUGACCUUAAUAAGACCAUCAAAGAGGAAGAUACUCUUGAGAAUGUGAAGGCUGUUGGAUCCAAAUGCUUAGUUCUUUUUCGAGAGUUUCAGGAUUCAAUCACGAAGACACAUUGGAAAGCACCUUGUUUUAGUGGUGACGGUGAGUGGGUAAUAUCUGCUUCUGCUAGCAAAGGAGAGCAUAAGAUCUACAUAUGGGACAGGGCUGGUCAUCUUGUAAAGAUCCUUGAAGGUCCAAAGGAACAACUGAUUGAUUUAGCGUGGCAUCCUGUCCACCCUAUUAUUGUCUCUGUUUCCUUGACUGGCUUGGUUUAUAUUUGGGCUAAAGACUACACUGAAAACUGGAGUGCAUUUGCUCCUGAUUUCAAAGAGCUUGAAGAAAAUGAGGAGUAUGUAGAACGAGAAGAUGAAUUUGAUCUGGUGCCUGAAACCGAAAAGGUGAAAGAAUCUGAUAUAAAUGAAGAUGAUGAAGUUGAUAUUGUGACAGUGGAGAAGGAUCCGUUCAGUGAUUCUGAUAUGUCACAGGAUGAGUUAUGUUUCUUGCCUGCAACUCCUUGUCCUGAUGAUCCCCAACAGCAGGACAAGUUUGUGGGAAGUUCAUCAAAGUUGAUUGAUAGCAAUCACUCCGGAUCCCCUCUCUCGGAAGAGAAUGGACAGAAUGGGCAAAAUGGACAAGCAGCCCAAAAUGCUUCGAGUCCACUCGAAGAGGACACAGCCGGAGGCAAUCAGUUGAAAAGAAAACGGAAGCUUUCAGAGAAGGGGUUGGAGUUACAGGCAGAGAAGGUCAGGAAGCCCAUGAAACCCUUGAAAUCUACUGGUAGGUUAUCGAAAACAAAAAAUAAAUCCGUUGUUGAUCAGGAUUCUGGAAAUGGCUUAUAUGCUGACGAUGGCUCUGAUGAUUACUAGUAGGUCAUAACUAUCAUAUAUUUGUCAUUUGAACUGAAGAAAAAAAAAAUGAAAAAGUGAGAGAGAAUGAGAAAAACCUGUAGCUAAACAGCUUAGAGCUAUUUAUCAAUUUUCUUUUUAAGAUAUUGGGAAAUGAGGUUAUUAUCCAUUAGAUGCAUUGCUUAUAUCACCUAGAUAGAUGACUGAAGUCCGCACUGAACAGCUGUAACUUAUGUUUUCACCAUUUAUUAGACAUGGUCAGGGCAAAGGUCAAUUUGAACAUUCUAGAUAGGUUGUAUUCACUUUAUCCUGAGAUUUGUAUGGCAGAUUGAUUUUUGAGGUA